AACACAUUUUUGCUUUGAUAAAAUUUAUAAUAUUUUUCUUUUAAUCAUAAAAUCAUCAUCAUCAUUAUUAUUAUGGAGAAACAAAAUCUGUAUGGUUAUCUUUCUUAUUAUGGCAAAAAAUCCAAAGCUAAUUUUCCGAUUAGAAAACGAAAAAUUACAAUUGGCAAUGAAAAAACAAAUGAUAUACGUUUGACUCAAAAGCAACCGCCAAAUCGACAAUUUCUUGAAUUAUCAAUCCGACGAUGCUUACAAAAUGAAUGGAAUUAUACAUUGGACCUUUGUGUAUUUGAUCAAACAGUCCGAGAAAAUAUCACAAUCGAUAAUGAAAAAAUUUUUAUCGAAAACAAUUCCAUUCAAUUGAAAAAUGGAAGUGUUAUAACCAUUUUUGGACAUGAUUUUAAAUUCUGUUCGAAUCAAGCAAACAAGUGCACUAAAUCAGCAUCAAAAAUUCCGGUGCUAAAAAGCAAAACUCAUUUAUUAGAUCUUUAUUCCAAUAAAUCAUGUGGAUGGUCAAGUAGAACAAAUUCUCCGAAAAAAUUAUCAUUUAAUCCUAUUGAUUCGGCUAUCAAAUCGAGAAUUCCCAUUUCCGCCACCAAGUCCGCAUUAAUCGAUGCAAAUGAUUUGAAAUUGCCCGAUGAAGAAUGUAACGAUAAUCCUGAUCAUCAAACUUCCACGCAUGAUUCAACAUUCGAUGUUGAUUCCGAUAAAUCAUCGUUGAUGAAAUUUUGUACACCCGAUCCUACUCGAACAGAAUCGGUUUCAAUGAACAAAUCUUUAAGAUCUCUUUUGAAAAUGACUCCACAACAAUCGUUGACACCGAAUCGAAAAUCGGUCAUUUUCAAUGAAUUUGUCGAAGAAAAACAUAAUGAAUAUGAUCAUCGUACGGGAAAAUUAUUUUCAACGAAAAAAUUUUCCAGAAAGUUAUUUCCCAUUUCGCCGGAUCCACAACAAGAUGUUGAACCAGAUGAACUUGGUAGUUUUCUAGAAACAUCUCCCGAUCAAUAUAAAACUUUACCCAAUCAGAAUGAUUCAACAUUAGCUUCGGAUAACGUUUCGAAUGGAGAUAAUUUUGUUACAAUCAAUGAUAACAUGAUUGUUGAUUAUCAUUCCCAAUCACCAGAACCAGAAAUUGAUCAGCAACAACAGUCAAUAAUAAACGAUGAUCAUUAUAGUCAAGUUGAUCAUCAAAGCAAACAUCCCGAUAAUACUAUUUUAACUGCUGACCAUAAUGAACAUGGUACACUAGAUUCCAAUGUUGAUUUCGAAGUUGAAACACUUCAGCAGCCAAAAACACCGCAAGCUGAUUAUGAAACCAAUGUUGAUUUCGGUAUUAAAAAACUCCAGCAACCAAAAACACCUCAAGCUGAUUAUGUGUCAAAUAUCGAUUUUGCAGUUAAAAAACUUCAGCAACCUAAAACACCGCAAGCUGAUUAUGUCUCGAACGUUGAUUUUGCAGUUAAAAAACUUCAGCAACCUAAAACACCGCAAGCUGAUUAUGAAACCAAUGUCGAUUUUGCAGUUAAAAAACUUCAGCAGCCAAAAACACCGCAAGCAGAUUAUGAAACGAAUAUCGAUUUUGCAGUCAAAAAACUUCAGCAGCCAAAAACACCGCAAGCAGAUUAUGUAUCGAACGUUGAUUUCGGAAUUAAAAAACUUCAGCAACCAAAAACACCGCUGGCUGAUUAUGAAACCAAUGUCGAUUUUGCAGUUAAAAAACUUCAACAGUCUUCUACACCUAUCGCCAACUAUGAAAAAAAUAUCGAUUUUGGUAUCAAAAAACUUCAACAACCCACAACGCCAAUCGCUGAUUAUGAAACCAAUAUCGAUUUUGGUAUUAAAAAACUUCAGCAGCCAAAAACACCGCAAGCAGAUUAUGUAUCGAAAAUUGAUUUCGGUAUUAAAAGAUUGCAAAGACGUAUUAUACCGUUACCUGAAUAUGAUGACAAUUUUGACGGGUUGGAGAAUCUUUUUGCUACCGACGACAACGAUAUCAAUCUUAUGAUUACACCAAUCAAGCCAAAAGCUAGAGGACGUCGACCUAAGCAAAAAAUUGAAAAUAGUGAAAAUCGAAUGCUAACACGUAGUGCUCACAAAAAGAAAAUCAAAAAUGAAGAACAACAAGAUGAACAAUUGGAAGAAAAAUUGUUAAAAAGUAAAAAACAAUCAACAGGUGUCAAGCGACGACGUAAAGCUCCCAAAGACGAGAUCGGCCAACUUAUUGAUAAUGAUAGUGACGAUGAAUCAAAAGCUGAUCAAGUUGAUAUCGAAAAGAUUAGAGAAUUUGCGGAAAUAUAUUCUAAGAAAUCUAAUAAUCAUGAUGUAGAUCAGUUCCAUAAACGUUCCCGUGGUCGUGGUUCACGAAAACAAUCAUCAACAGCAACUAUGACAAACGACGAUGAUGAACUACAAGCAAUCGAUAUUAUGGAACUUGAUGAUAAUCAGUUGAUUGAUGCAAUGAAUGAAAGAUCUUCGGUCACUAAUGGAAAAAGGAAAACGGCUCCUACACGUAAAAGAAAAACGACAGCGAUCAACAAAACUUGUAAAUCAAAUGAAUCUGAUGAUCAUUUGAUUGAUGACGAUUGCAUCGAUCAACAGGAAAAUCAAAAGAAUGUUGCCAGUUGUCAACCACAACGAAUGAAUAAUCAGAAAAAAUGUCGUAUUAUAUUGCCGGAUGUCGAUUUCAGUAUGCGAUUAGAAUGUAACGAUUCCAAUGAACAAACGACUAAAGCAAAAGUCAUUAUGACACGAUCACGUGCCAAACGAAUUCACUGAAUAUAUUGUCAUUGUUAGCUAUCACCAAAACAGGCACCACCAUUAAUUUAAUGAAAGCAAAUAUAUUUAACCAAACUAAAUAUUUAAUAAACUUAUUCCAUUCGGAUGUAACAAUUGUCUUUUCU